CCAAAGAUCCUCUCGGCGUUGGAGGCCGCGGGAAAAUGUGAGAGUAACCUGGAGGACAGAAUCAUCUGCAUAUGCAGCGGCACAGACCUCGUUAACCUGAGCUUCAUGUGCAUGGUCACGCAAAACAGCAGCACUGCUAAGCAAUGGAUGGACGGCUUGCGGUCAUUGAUUCAGAACUCUCGAGCGAAUAACGUGUGUCCGAUGACCUGCCUGAGAAAACAUUGGAUGCGGUUGUCAUUUUUGACCAAUGUGAAUGGAAAAAUACCCGUCAGGAGUAUCACACGAACCUUUGCCUCGGGCAAAACAGAGAAGGGUAUUUUCCAGGCGCUGAAGGAUCUCGGUUUACCCAGUGGAAAGAACGAUGAAAUCGAGCAUGAAAUCUUCAAAUUUGACAAGUUCUACAGCCUUACGCAGAAGAUUUGUCCCAGAACUGAUAUUGAAGCACUGUUCAAGACACUCAGGGGAGACAAAAGCGAUUAUUUAAGCGAAGACCAGUUAGUCCACUUUUUGAAUGAAAAUCAGAGAGAUCCGCGUCUGAAUGAAAUACUCUUCCCGUUCUUCGACUCUAAAUGUGCUUUCCAAAUCAUACAGCGAUAUGAACCUGAUGACAAACUGAAGAGGAAAGGUCUGAUGUCAUGUGACGGGUUCUGCCGGUAUCUGAUGUCUGAUGAAAACGCUCCUGUGUUUCUGGACCGCCUGGAGGUUUAUCAGGAGAUGGAUCAUCCGCUGUCUCACUACUUCAUCAACUCGUCUCACAACACAUACCUGACCGGCAGACAGUUUGGAGGGAAGUCGUCAGUGGAGAUGUACAGACAGGUGCUGCUGACCGGCUGCAGGUGUGUUGAGUUGGACUGCUGGGAUGGAAAAGGUGAAGAUCAGGAACCCAUAAUCACCCACGGCAAGGCCAUGUGCACAGACGUCUUCUUCAAGGACGUCAUUCAGGGAAUUAAAGAAACGGCCUUCCUGACAUCAGAGUAUCCGGUGAUUCUGUCCUUCGAAAACCACUGCACGAAACAUCAGCAGUAUAAACUGGCGCGCUACUGCGAGGACAUUUUUGGAGAUUUGCUCCUGAAACAGCCGUUAGAUGAUUUCCCGAUGGAGGCCGGGUCUCCGCUGCCGUCUCCAAAUGACCUCAAAGGAAAAAUCCUCAUCAAGAACAGAAGAUUAAAACCUGAAGUUGAAAAAAAACAGCUGGAGCACUUCAGGAAGCACAUGGAGGCCGGAGAGCCGAGCAUCUCCACAAACAUGUCUGAAGAUGAGAAUGAGGAGGAGACGUCCACCGCAGAGCUGCUGAACGAAGCUCAUCCCGAGCGGAUUCACGGAUGUCUGAUCACUGAGGAAGAGAAUCGUGAGGAAGAGGCGCUCCGACCCAGAAAGGCUGGUGAAACGAAUGUGGCUGAUGAACAAGCACUGAUUCAGUCGUACACGUAUGUUGCGGCCACUACUAACAUCCACCCGUAUCUGUCCAACAUCAUCAACUACGCCCAGGCCGUCAAGUUCACCAGCUUUGAUGAAGCCGAAGAAAAAAAUAUCCACCACAACAUGUCUUCCUUCAACGAGUCUGUCGGUUUGGGAUAUUUAAGGACAAACGCCAUUGAAUUUGUGAACUACAACAAACGGCAGAUGAGUCGCAUCUACCCCAAAGGAGGCCGAGUGGACUCCAGUAAUUAUAUGCCACAGAUCUUCUGGAACGCCGGCUGCCAGAUGGUAGCACUGAACUUCCAGACCCCAGAUUUGGCGAUGCAGCUGAACCAAGGGAAAUUUGAAUAUAAUGGCUCAUGCGGGUUUCUGCUGAAGCCUGAUUUCAUGCGGCGGCCCGAUCGCAUGUUCGACCCGUUCUCAGAGACGCCGGUGGACGGAGUGAUCGCCGCCACAUGCAGCGUCCAGGUGAUUUCAGGCCAGUUUCUGUCGGAUAAGAAGAUCGGCACGUACGUGGAGGUGGACAUGUACGGCCUGCCCACGGACACCAUCCGUAAAGAGUUUCGCACGAGGAUGGUGAUGAACAACGGCCUGAAUCCCGUCUACAGCGGAGAAGCCUUCGUCUUCAGGAAGGUGAUCCUCCCAGACCUGGCUGUGCUGCGCGUGGCCGUGUACGAUGACAACAAUAAGCUGAUAGGACAGCGCAUUCUCCCGCUGGAUGGACUGCAGUCGGGUUACAGGCACAUCUCCCUACGAAACGAGUACAACAAGCCUCUGUCUCUGGCCACCGUCUUCUGCAGCAUCAUCCUCAAGACAUACGUGCCCGACGGCUUCGGAGCGAUUGCAGAUGCCCUGUCUGAUCCCAAGAAGUUCUUAUCGGUCUGUGAGAAGAGAACCGACCAAAUGAGAGCCAUGGGCAUUGAGAUGUCAGAUAUCGCCGAUGUGCCGAAUGACGGCUGGAUGGGGAACAGGAAGCGGAGGGCGAUGCUGCAGCAGAAAGACUCAGAGAGACUGAGAGCAGCGCCGGGACAGAACCCACUCAUCUGCUGCAAAGAGGAUACAUCAGUGCUCGCACCUCAGCUGACCAUCGAUGACCUAAAGCAAACCAAGACCUACUUGAAGCUCGUCAAGAAGCAGCAGAAGGACGUGAGCGCUUUGAAGAAAAAGCAGGCGAAGGCCCACGUCGCACUGCAGAGCUCCCACUGCACUCAAGUGGACAGGACUGUCGCUCAACAUGAUAAAGAGAAACAAGCGCUGGAGAAGCAGCUCGAGAAAAGCAUCAGGAAAGUGAGUGACAGUUACAGCCUUGACAUGAGCAGAGACAUCGAAAGGCAGAUCAAGACUUUAACGAGCAAUCACAAAUCAAAGGUGAAGGACAUGGUGGCCGCUCACGUGCUCGAAUGGGCAGAAAUGAUCAAAUGGCACUCGGCUGAAGAGCAGACUGUGAGAGAGCAGCAUGUGAUUCAGCAGUGCGAGACGCUCCGGAAACUCCUGCUGAUGGAGCAGGAGCAGCAAACCCAGCAGCUCUCGCUCCUCCAUGAGAGACAGAAUAAAGAGAUGCGAACCAACCAAGCGAAGACCUCGAUGGAGAGCAGCAAAGCCAUCAGUCAAGACAAAAGCAUAAAGAACAAGGCUGAGAGGGAACGGAGAGUUCGAGAGCUUAACAGCACGAACACAAGGAAGUUUCUUACAGAAAGAAAGAGGCUCGCCAUGAAACAGUCCAAGGAGAGCGAGCAACUCCAGGCAGCUCAGCGAGAACAACUGGAGAGGCUGGAGAAACACAAUGAGGAGCUGUUGAACUCGUGCUAUGCAAAAUCACAAUGCCAAGGCCAGAGAGAGUCCCAGCAUGAAGACGGCAGAGAGGACCCAACAGAGCGCUGAGCGACGGCUCGCUGCAGUGAGAACACACUUUCACACGCACUAAUGCUCUGUAUGUGCACUAUAUACAUAGAACUUGUUUUUAGUGAAAUCUGCUUGGUAUUUAUUUGUUUUAUGAAUAUUGAACGUUUUAUAAAUAUUGUGUAUGAGCGCACAGAUAUUCUGUGAUUUGUCAGCAAAGAGAGAAACUGAUUCUUAUUUUACAAG